AUGGAUUGUAACCGUUACAGAAUCAAAACAUGUAUAUUAGAAAAAAACGAAACAGAUUUAGUAGACUUAUUAAACCGUGGAUUUAACCCAAACCUUGAAGGUGGAUGGCCAAUAAGACUAGCAGCUCGGCAUGGAUUACAUUCCAUUGUCAAAUUGCUAAUCCAAUAUGGAGCCAAUCCGCAUCUUAUAAGUGAAGCUGGUGCAUCUACUCUACAAUUAGCGGUAUAUUCAGGCUCUUUUUGGAAUUCGAAUAAGUGGGAUUUCCUUUUAUCGAGCUGCGAUUCAUCUCAGUUAGCAGAUGGUGCUGCUGUAGCAAUUAUAUUUUACAAUAUAGCAGCACUUAAAAAGAUUAUGGAAACAGGACGAUGCAAUACACACAUUCCAACGUCAUUAACUGGGAAAACAUUAGAGGAACUAGCGAAGGGCUAUAAGUUACAAAAUAUUCUACAGUCAUCAAGAAUACAGAGCAAUAUCAACGAUAUUUCACCCUUUUCUUCGCCAGGCAAUACGCGACAAAACAUGGCGGAUUUAAGAACUACAUUGACGCCUCCACCGGCCCACAGGAAUUUAUCACCUUCUGUCGCCAGAUUCUUCGAUCAAACCGCAACUCAAACGUCUCUUACUCCACCACGAAAUAAUAUCGUACCGACGUUUUUACCUUUCACUGACCUAUAA